UUGAAGCUUCGUUGCCGACGGGAUGGGACUGCAUAGGUUAUUGUGUUUCCUGGCUGCUGUCACCGGAUUCCAGGCUGGCGACGCCGCCCUCAGGAAUGUCAUCGACGACCAGAUCACCGCCGCCCUUGAGAGCUUCAGGACCCACAUGGUGGACGGAUGGCCCGAGCUGGGGAUUCCCCCUCUGGAUCCGAGGCUUGCGGGGAAGUCAUAUUAUCAACCCAGCCUGCACGGUUCCCUCACCAACUUGACCAUCAACCAACUGUCGACCUUCACCAUCGACAACGUCCACAGCAACAUCCUCUUCCUCACAGUCGACGUCUCCCUGGGUCUCCCGAUGCUCGACUUCGCUGGGAACUACGACGUCCGGGGCGCUAUUGACAUCCUCCCCAUCUAUGGCACAGGACCCUUCUGGAUGGACGCGUUCGACCUGAAGAUGUCGAUUGCGAUCAAGCUGGGAGAAACUGAAGUCGGUCUCGGAGUUUCGAAACUUGAUCUGAACUUCGAUGCGAAUUCGACCGAUGUCCACUUCGGGAACAUCAUGGGCGGAGGAGACAUGGAGGACUUUGUCAACGGCGUCCUGAGCUCCUUGGGACCCGACAUCCUGCAGGCGCUGGAGGACAUCUACGUGCCGUGGCUGGAGGAGGCGCUGAGGAAAGAGAUUAAUGAUAUCCUACACGGAAGUUCAAGAGACUCGAAAGACGAAACAGUUAAUGAUUUCUUCGACCUCCUCUUCGCCAACAUGAGACAGAGCAUCAUAGAAAACGGACAAGAUCCCCUUUCUCUCCCGAGUGAUAGCGAUAACUUUACUGUUUUGCUUUUCAACACGACAAUGGAAGGUGAAGUGAGCGUUAGUGGGGGUCAUCUCGCUGGCCUUUCCACGGUGCACAGGGCGGGCAACAUGACCCUUCUGUACGUGGGCGAGCAGGACGAGGUCAUCUGGGGCGGAGAGGUGGGGCUCAUUGACCUGGAGGCGGACUACACCUUCGGCCUCGCCCUCGCUCUCUUCGGGAAGGACCUCGAGUUCGCCCUCAAGAUGUCCUACGUGCGUCUCAGCUUCGAGACGGACCUCUUCCUUCACCAGGCCAAUGUCUCUUUCGCGCACUGCAACGUCACCGAACUCGGCCCUUUACACUUCAAGGAGAAGGGGGCGGGGCCCUUGGACACGCCCCUUUACAACAUCCUCGCCAACACCCUCCUCGGCGAACUGAAGGGCCUCGUCACGUCGGCUGUGGAGGGCGUCAUCUGCUCCCUCCUGGAGGGCGCCUUCGCUUCGUCGUGAGCGGGGGGGUUGGAGGGAAGGGAGGGAGAAGGGAGG